AUGGCUGCUAAUUUCCCUCCCUUUGGCGCCAACGCCAACUUCACUAAUGUAGAAGGCAUCAACGAGGGCGAUGACAUGCCUCUCCACCCCCAAUUCACGUUGAUGCUUCAAAACAUUCAAGCGGAGCAACAAAACAUUCAAGUGUCGCUAAAUGGACUUAGCCGAAAGUUGGACGCAACGAUCCAGAUAUGCUCUGCUCGAAGCAUUAAUCAAACCAUCAUAUACUACCGGAAUCUCUACCAGAAUUUCGAGGUCCUCCCCAAACAAUACCCAAACCAUCCUUGGGCAAAUCCUCCUCGACAGCUAAAAGGGUUCAAGGUCCAGAUUGACGAUGACGUGGAGCUACAAGUGUUCCAGAUUGACGGUGACAGUUACGAGGUUGGUGAUAAUCCUCCCGUGGGUCUCAUCCCUGCUAACUUGCUUGAACUUGAUAUGAUAAGACGGCUCGAGUUAGCCGACUUCCAGAGUUGGCUUAGAGGGAUUUAUUGGUUCUAUAAUGGUCCAAAACUCUCUAUCCCGACCAAUGCCGACAUAAAUAGGUGCUUUGAAGGAUUAUACAACCUGAAGAGUUUUCUCCAGCAUUAG